AUGGACCAAGCAGUAUAUGAAACUUUAACUCAAGUCCUUUCCACGGACUCAAACCUUCGAAUUUCUGCAGAGUUAAGGCUUAAGGAGCUAGAAAAGUUACCAGCCCUUAAUUUGAAAAAAUACGUAAAUUCACAUUGGUCAUCAAAGGCGGAACAAUUCACCGAACCUGAGCCGGAUGAGAAGACAAAGUCCGUAGUUAGAGAAAUGAUUUUUAAUGCUCUUUCGGACCAUAAUAGCAAAAUCCGUGUAGUUUCGGCUUAUGUUGUCUCGAGAAUUGCACAAAAUGAUUGGCCUGAUGCAUGGCCAAAUCUUAUAAUUCUAUUAAUAAGCUUGUUGAAGACAGGUUCACCUAACCAUGUCCAUGGUGCUAUGAGAGUACUUACAGAAUUUGUGGAUCAGGAAGUAACAGAAAAUCAAUUCUCACAGAUUGCACCUAUACUGUUUCCGGAACUUUUCAGAAUCCUUCACUCCAAUGAGUUAUACUCAUUCAAAAUUCGUGCACGCGCUGUUUCAAUUUUCAAACAUUGUCUUGAAAUACUAGUUAUGCUUAAGGAAGAACAUCCAGAAGCGACGGAAUCUUUUAUUACUCCAAUUCUUCCUCAGUGGUUACAGCUUUUUGUUAAUACAUUAAAAAAGCGAACAACAGGGGAUGAAAGACUUGAAUAUGAAGAAUAUGGCUUGAAAUUAGAAAUUAUAAAGUGCAUAAAUUUUUCAAUACCGCAUUAUCCGAAAUUGGUUUCCCCACAUCUGAUUUCAUCACUGGAAGCAAUAUGGACUGAUUUGAGCAAAUACGUACGUCAGUCAAGUGAUUCAACAGAUUAUUAUUACGAAUCCGAUGGAGAACCAAUAGGAUUUGAGCACCUUCUCUAUGCUCAAUUUGAGUUCAUCGGAUUAUGUAUUCGUAAAAAAACAACACAAAACGUUUUCAUUGGGAAUAAUGGCGAAGCAACGCUAUUAAAAGAAAUUAUAUGGAUUAUUAUUGAAUAUAUGAAAAUGACUCAAGAUCAGGCAGAGACUUGGCUAAAUGAUUCGAACCAGUUUAUCGAGGAGGAUGAUGAAGAUACACAUAGGUUUACUAUUAGAGUGUCAGCCGAAGAAUUAUUACAGAUAUUAUUGGACAAAUUCCCUGAACAAGCAUUUCAGGCUCUGCAAGAAGCGACGCAGAAGCAUAUCGAAGAAUCACAUAAGGCUCGUGUUGCUGGCGAUCCUGCAUGGUGGAAGAUUCAGGAGGCUUGUUUGAAGGCGAUUGGAUUUAUAUCUGAAGAAUUAAUAGCCGCUGUUCAAGAAAAAGAUAGCAAACUCAAUUUUGAUAUAGCUGGACUAUUUAAUAAUGUUGUUCUGGCUCUUUUGUCAAUGACCGAACAACCUUUUCUUCAAGGACGCGCAUUUGUCUUUGUUAGUCAAUUCGCCUCUAUAUUACCUGUUGAACAUGCAUCCAAAUAUGUAGAAGCUGCGGUAACCGCUCUUCAACAGAAUGGCGCAAUCCCUCUCCAAGUAUCAGCCUUGAGAGCACUGCAAAAUUUCUGUCGCCACAUGAAACGUCAAUAUGUAGCACCACAUCAGGAGAAAAUUAUUGAAUGCGUUGCAAGUCUGUUGAAAUCUACCACCGAAGACACGCUCAUCUUAGCUUUAGAGACACUUGAGGCUUCUGUUAAAGUUGACAAGGAAAAGAUAUCUCAAUACGAGCAUGUUAUCGGUCCUUUGAUCAUUGAAGUUUGGUCAAGUCAUGCUAAUGCCACUAUCGUAGAUUUAUUUGAGUUGUUAGCUAGUGAUCAUGCUAUGAAUAUUAGUUUUCAGGCUAGAGCUCUGCCGUCCCUCGCUAACGCUAUCACCAAUCCUGCAAAUCCUGAUUUAACGGCAUCAGCUAUUGAUUUGAUUAAAAAUUUAGUAAAGGCUAGCUCAUCCUCUUUGCCGGACGGUUACAUCCAGCACAUUUUCCCCCCUCUGAUGCACUUAUUAUUGACAACCGAAAAUCGUGAUAUAUUACAGAGCGGCGAAGAAUGUCUUAAAUUCUUUGUUAUGAAAGAUUGCAUGAAGCUUGCUCAGUGGAAUGAUGGGACAGGAAAGACAGGCCUUGAUUAUAUUAUUGAGCUUAUUGCAAAAUUACUUCAACCAUCUGAAAGCGAAUCAGCUGCAUUGUUUCUUGGCGAAUUGAUUAUAAAACUCAUUCAAAAGGCCGGUGACUUAAUAUUAGUUGUACUUCCAGAUUUAUUAAAAGCCGUGGCAACUAGGCUGGAAACAGCACAGACACCGACUUUUAUACAGUCAAUGGUUAUGAUAUUCGCACAUUUGUUUAACAGUCAGCUUGAAACAGUUGUCAAUUUUCUGAGUGAAUUUAACGUAAACGGACGUGCUGGUCUUGAAAUAUUACUAAACACCUGUGCGAUGGCUUUAACAAAGUUAUUUUUAUCUGGCGAUCCGAGAAUGCAAAAUAUUCAAGUCAGAGGAGAUUUGAUAAUUUCAGGCUCAACAAGAAUAAUGACACGUUCUCAAACACGUCAAAACCCUGAUAAGUACACUUCUGUACCAGCAACUGAAAAGAUUAUAAAAUUGUUGCUCUCGGAUCUGCAGAAUGCUAUUGAGAUCGAUAGUUUAAAAAAACCAGAAAACGAAGACCAAGAGGAUGAGGAGGAAGCCGGCGAUUCUGAUGAUGAUGAUGGAGAAUGGGAAGAUGUUGAUGAAUUAUCUCCUUUUGCACCAGCCGAAGAUUAUCGAUUUUUAGAAAUAUUAGAUAAGUCGGUGGAUUUAGAUGAUGCAGAAAACGAUCUAGAUAUUCAAAACGAUCCUGUCUAUCAAAUGAAUAUCAAAGAAUACCUCAUUAAUUUCUUUCGACAUUGUGCUUCUCAAAACGUUAAUAAUUUUCUUCAGAUCACUGAGAAAAGCCUCAACCAAGAAGAAAAGUUAAAAUUGCAAUCAAUUAUAACAGCCAAAUGA